GAAUGUAGUGUAGCAGGCUGCGUAUGCGCCGGUCACGAGUCUUGAUACUUCGAGCAAUACAGAACAGCCAUUCAGAGAAACCGCACGUGCUCCUAUACAAUUGAAACAAUAUGAAAAGCUUAAUAUUCUUCAGUUUGGCUGUAACUCUAGUUGCAAGCCAAGAUUUUAAAUGUCCAGAGAAGAGUGGAUUCUACCCCGACCCCUACCAGUGUGACCUUUACUACAAAUGCAGCAAAGGUAAAGCUGAGGAGAAACUCUGUCCUGAUGGCCUGGUGUUUGCUGAUGAGAACCCGAACAAGGAACUCUGUGAUAUUCCAUCCAACGUUGACUGUGGAGACAGAAAGGAAUUGCAGGAGCCAAAACCAACAAAGGGAUGCCCUCGUCAAAAUGGAUACUUCAGACAUCCUGACCCACAGGCCUGUGACAAGUUCUACUAUUGCGCUGACGGAAUACCCAAUGAGAUGCCAUGCCCUCCUGGACUUCUGUUUGAUGAAGAGAGCUCCAACUGUGACUGGAAGGAUGUUGUGCAAAGGCAGUGCGACAAACUAACAAAAGAUGUACUCGAUGAUGGCUUCACUUGUCCCGACGGUGAAGUAGCAGGACCGAAUGGACGUGCUCUUCCUCACCCGACCUUCCCUCACCCAGAAGACUGCCAGAAAUUCUACAUCUGUCGCAACGGAGUCCAGCCCCAGAAAGGAAGCUGUCCUUUAGGCAAGGUCUACAACGAAGAUACAUUCAUGUGUGAUGAACCAGAGAAAGUGCCUGGAUGUGAAAACUUCUACGAGGGCCAGACAUUUGAGAAGAGCAAAUCACCGAAGAAGGCGUAAAUGUAGAUUAUAACUUCUAAUCCUAUUAAUAUUAUUAAGUUUAUAAUAAAAAAUAAAAAAUAAA